AUGGGUUCCCUUCAGACACCAAUAGGAAUGAGAAGCUCCUCGCUGUUAGAUACAUCCUGCGGAUAUUUGCUCAGGGAGUUACAGAUGAUAUGGGAUGAAGUUGGAGAAGAUAAGUUUGAGAGAGAGAAAGUGUUGCUUGAUAUUGAGCAAGAAUGUGUAGAGGCUUACAGGAGAAAAGUCGACCACGCCAAUAUCUUGAGGUCUCGUCUACAUCAAGAGCUUGCGGAAUCUGAAGCUGAACUCACCCAUCUUCUUCUCUGCCUCGGUGAAAGCUCAAUACCUGGAAGGCCGGAGAAAAAGGGAGGAAUGCUGAGGGAGCAGCUGGAUUCGAUUGCGCCUGCACUGCGUGAGAUGAGGCUGAAGAAAGACGAGAGAGCGAAGCAGGUCCGAUCUGUCAAAGGGGAGAUUCAGAAAAUAUCAGCAGAAAUCGAAGGUAGAUCAACUUAUGAAGACUCAUCUACUACAAACAUAACCAUACACGACAAGGAACUUUCUGUUAAGAAACUCGAGGAAUAUCAGAACGAGCUGCGUAGGCUCCAUGAUGAGAAGAAUGAGAGACUACAGAAGGUUGAUAUCUAUAUAUGCGCCAUUCGAGAUUUAUCAGCGACUUUGGGAACAGAAGCAUCGAUGAUCAUAACAAAGAUUCACCCGAGCCUGAAUGACCUCUAUGGAAUAUCCAAAAACAUGAGUGAUGAUAUCUUGAAAAAGCUCAAUGCCACUGUUGUCUCUAUGGAAGAAGAAAAACAGAGGCGCCUUGAAAAGAUUCACCAUCUUGGUAAAGAGUUAACGAACCUGUGGAAUCUAAUGGAUGCAUCUAAUGAAGAUCGUCAAAAGUUUUCUCACGUCGUUGAGUUACUGGCGUUUGAACCAUCCGAUGUCUGUGCUCCUGGUAGCAUUACAUUGAACAUAAUUCAGCAGGCUGAGGCUGAAGUCAAGAGACUAGAUCAACUCAAAGCGAGCAAAACCAAAGAGCUAUUCCUCAAGAAGCAAAAGGAACUAGAGAAUACAUGCAACAUGUCACAUAUGGAGACUCCAUCAACCGAAAUAAGAAAUAUAACCAACCUUGUAGACUCUGGGGAAAUUGAUCACAUGGACCUUCUCGCCGCCAUGGAUGAAAAGAUAGCAAAAGCAAAGGAAGAAGCAGCAAGUAGAAAAGGAAUAAUUGAGAAAGUGGAUAGGUGGAUGUUAGCAAGUGAUGAAGAGCGUUGGCUAGAAGAAUAUGACCAGGACGAGAAUCGUUACUCAGUAAGUAGAAAUGCUCAUCGGAACCUAAGGCGAGCGGAACGGGCACGCAUUGCAGUCAGCAAAAUCACAGGACUAGUGGACUCUAUAUUGGUAAAGACUAAAAGCUGGGAAGCAGAAAGACAGAAAGUCUUCUUGUACGAUGAGAUACCUCUUGUUGCAAUGUUACAAGAUUAUAAUAAGCUGAGGCAGGAAAAAGAGGUGGAGAAGCAAAGGCUAAGGGAAAUGAAGAAGAUCAUUCCACAACCUGUAGCUGUGACAGAUAACUUUUAUGUGGCAAGGCCAGCUACUAGCAAUCGCCGUAUCUCAAACCGAAGCAUCAAUGGUGGAAGUCCUUUAAACCGAUCACUUUCUCGAGGACUCAACAAUACUACUAAUUACGCAGCUCUUGGCACAUCUUUAAGAGCAGAAAGCAGAAAGAGUCACCAGGCAUCGAGAACACAUGGCCUUAGGCACAGUCUUGCUUCGCAUCACCGUGAUGAAACAGCUUCUGUUGUAUCGUUGUUUUCAGGUCCAUUGUCUCCUUGA